UAAUAUUUAUAAAUGAUUUAAAAAAUUUUGAUACAAUGUCUCAACAUUUUAUGACCGUUUGUGUAUUUUGUCUAAUAUGUGCAACACAUACCCCGUGCUCAGCACAUACGGAGAUUGUUGAUCAAAAAAUUCUUAAACAUUACAAUAAUGGUUUAGCCGAUCCGAAUAGAAUAAAUAUACCGGAUCGAAUAAAAUCAAGUGAUCAUGGAACUGUGUUAUCCAAAAAUAAUAUGGAUUCACCGAAUUCAAUUGAUAAUGAUGUAUGGAUAAAACGACCAAAUAGUUUUAAAAAUGUUUUAAGUGAUGAACAGAUCACAUCGAAUUCGAAUAAUAAUAAAACGAAUAUAACUACGAAUACUUUUGUAAAAAGUGACGAACAAUUAAUUCGACAUAAACGGGUGAAAAAAUCUACGGAAUUAUUAGAUGAACAUUACUAUGUAAGAAGAAUUUUUCAUAUAUUUAAUCAGACGGGAGAUCUUAUACAUUUAGACGAUUUUAAAAAUUUGAUUAAACGAUUACAUUUAUACAACAUGUUUCAUCAAAAUUCAGACUCGAAUAAUAAAACGUGUGUGAAAGGGGAAAACAUUCUAGCGACAUUAACAUAUCAAGAAUUUGAUGAAAAUUUAAAUAAAACAGACUUAUCCAUAGAAAAUUUUCGACAAGUAUGUCCGUUACUUGUUUAUCAAUUAGCUGCUGAUACAUCAGAAGAACGAAAUGGUUGUGUACUUGAACCAGAGGCUGCAGACGCGAAAACAAUUACAAGGCAUCAUACAGAAUCAUCCACGAAAAAUGAUUACGGAAGUGCGGUACCAGCAAUAUGGCUGUACGCAACAAUAUCAGUGAUAAUAAUAAGUGCAUGUGGUUUAUUAGGUGUUAUUAUAAUACCAUUUAUGCAAAAACAUUUUUAUCAUCAACUAUUACAAUUUUUAGUUGCAUUAGCAAUUGGUACAUUGUGUGGUGAUGCUUUGUUACAUCUGUUACCACAUGCAAUGUUACCACAUCAUCAUCAUCCAACUUAUCAUCCACAUCCACAUUCAUCAUCCUAUAGAUAUAGUAGUAGUGAUAGUGCAUCAUCAUCAGCGAUACCACCAUUAUCAGCAGCAUCUACAUCACAAACAUUUCAACAUAAUCAAAAUAUGUGGAAGGGUUUUGUUGCAAUGUUAGGCAUUAUAUUCUUUUAUUUUGUGGAGAAGUUUUUAACACUUGGUGCUGAAUGGCGUAAACGCCGACAAAAAAAACAUAAGCUUCCAGCACGCGUACGUGUUAUGAGAGAUAAUGAUUCGUCAAUUGGACAAAAUUCUGUCGGUGAGAAAUUAUGUAAACAUAAAUAUAGUUCCUAUCCAUAUUGUUACGAUGAAAUUGCUACAGAAACUCAAGAUGAUCAUCAUAAUCGUGGCAAUAAUGUAGCACAUAAAAGUGGUGGAAGUAGUAACACAAUCCAUAAUGAAUCAUCUGGCCAUAACGAUACAAAAAUUACAACAUUAGGUGAAUAUGAAGAGUUAGAUGUAAAUAAUUUCCAACAAAAACCACAUUUAAAUAAUCAUAAUAAUAAAACAAUUGAAACAAAUCAAAAUGAAUUAUUAUCAUCGGAUUUACCAAUGUUGGAAAUACCAAAUAAUACAGUUGGUGAUUUACCAUCUCAUGGCGGACAUGUUUUACCAGUUAGCGAAGAAGAGAGUUACACUGUUAUAUUAAGGGCACAUGAAAGUAAACAUCAUGGUCAUUCACACGCACAUGGUCAUGUCCAUUCUGCACCCGAUUCACUGUCAUCUGUCGCAUGGAUGGUGAUUAUGGGCGAUGGUUUACACAAUUUUACAGAUGGUAUGGCAAUUGGUGCUGCAUUUGCAUCUGGAAUUGCUGGCGGAUUUUCAACAUCGGUGGCAGUAUUUUGUCAUGAAUUACCACAUGAAAUUGGUGAUUUUGCUGUACUGUUAAAAGCUGGCAUGAGUGCCAAACAAGCAAUUUUUUACAAUUUACUAUCCUCAGUAUUGUGCUUCUUUGGAUGUUUAUUGGGUGUUGCUAUUGGACACAGUGAUACUGCCAGUGAAUGGGUAUUUGCUGCGGCUGCUGGGAUGUUUAUUUACAUUGCCUUAGUUGAUAUGAUACCGGAAUUAACAUCAAGUCAUUCAAAAGAAGGUGGUUCAUUAUUACAAUGUCUACUACAAUUUCUUGGCCUUAUGACUGGUCUUGGUGUAAUGACAUUAAUUGCAUUAUAUGAAAAUGACAUUAAGGGAAUGUUUGGUGAAGAUUAAUAAAAAAACCAAAAUCUACUUAACUCUAUAGAGACAGUAAAAAAACAUUAAAGUGAAUUACACAUGUUCGUUCUCCCAUACACUCACACACUUACAAGUUAACGAUGAAAUCUAAUUACAUUACACAAUUCAAAAUAAAAGCAGUUUCAUUAUAAUUAUAAUAACAAAGUUAUUCUGGUGCUACUUAGGUACUACACUAUAUUAUUCGAAAAUAAAAAACCGCUACGAAGAUUAUGUUGUCUAAAAGCACAUAUAAAAAUACAUUUAAAACUCUUAAUCUGUAAUUCAUUGUAGGUUAAAUUUCGUCGUAUGUUUUUUUGUUUUUGUUUUGUUUUUGUCACAAUUUUUUUUUUUAAAACUACUAACUCCAUUUCACGCAACAGCAGCAAGCAAGCAUUAAAGCUAAACCAACAUACACAAGAUGGAAUUUAGCUUACCGAUUUAUAUUUAUUGCUCUAAAUAUGGUGCAAAUUAUUCCUAUUGUGUUCGUUUUUAUUUUAAAUGAUAAUAAUAAUAUUAUUGGCAAACGCAUUUAAGUUUUUUGAUAGUUCUUUCUUUCUUUUUUUUUUUUUUUUUAAUUUGUAAGCAUGGUUGUCAGAUUGAGUGUUGUCGCAGAAGAAUUGAUGAGGAGUAUAAUAUAAGAAAUAUUAUACGAAAAAUAAGGAAUUCGAUUAUAUGAAUUUUUUAUUCACAAAAAUGUGGUGUAUUUAUUACUUUUUCCAACCUCAAAAGUUUUCGUCCAGGGAAUUUGUUCCGAGAUUUUAAAACAUGAAUGUAUAUAUUCGACAAUCCUGCGAAGGAAUAAUUAUCUAAGAUUAAAUAAUUAAGGUUGGCUAUAUUUGGCUAUAUUUAUUUUGGUUUGGUUUGUUAACCAAAUACAUCAUCAAAGUUCAAAACGGUACUCUCAAAUGUGUACAGUAAACCCCCUGAUAAUCCGGCCCCUGGCUAAUCCGACGCCUCUUGUAAUCCGAACUAGUUUUUUUUUUUUAUUAAAAGAUGGUAAUAUAGCUAUUAUUGAAUAUAGCAUAUAGAAUCUUAUCAUUGGAUUUGUCGGAUUACAAGGUACUGUUUUGUAAAAAAUUCCGAACUAUAGGGAGUCUUAGGUAGUACUCUAUAAUCCGACAAAUUACCGGGGAUCCACUGUUCUUACUUUUGGAGGGACUGCCUCAAGCUAACAUUCUAUUAUAUCCCUAAAAAAAGAAAAAAAGUGAUUUUUGGAAUAUUUUAAGGAAAAACUAUUAUAUUUAAUUUAAAACAAAAUGAGCUUUCAUUUUAUUGUAAUAUUUCAUUUUGUCUACAUAAACUACAAAAACAGCAUUUUGCAGUUGGAGUAUUCUAAAAUAAAAAAUUAAAGUAUGGAUUUCGUAUUAGAAAUAUUUAGGAUUUCAUAAUAGAAAUAUUUUGUUUACGUAUAAAAAAGAAAAUCGAC